AUGGAAGUCUGGUCGGGUAGUAUCAAUAUUGAUACUAACUCAGAUCUGAAAAUCAAAUUCACCACUUCCUCUCAACGACGAGAAAACAUUCUACCAAAAGAUGCCAGACUGUCAUUACGCAGCUUGGUGAACCCCAGCCUCAUCCCUCUAUAUGUACGAGCAGGUCCCAGCGUUGAACUACAUUCUACCACCGAGGAAACGUCGGAAUGGUUGAAAUCGAGAUUGUUAUCCGGUAUCUGGCUGGAUGAGGAUGAUGGAGGGGUGCUUGAGCAUUUUAGUACUAUUCAGUGCCCAGUGGGGUUGUUGGUCGGUGUGACUGCUAGUCGAAGCUAUACUUCAUCUGCGAGCAAUGUGUCGGAUCUGCUCAUAUACGGUAUACUAUCCUCUGGAAGUGAUGAAUCUACGAUUCGACCACCGUCACCGCCCGACUCGUCUUCUCUCAUUGGAGAGAAUGGCGUAUACGAACAGUAUUCGAGAAUUAAGAGAGAGUUGCGAAUAUAUGCAGCUCCAUUAGCAACAUCUUUUGCGCAAAGGGUACGAGAUCUACCUUCGCCGCGGUCGAGUGUGGCUGGGGAUGAUACAGUAUCAGAUAACAGUAAAGAUGCAACGUUUGCCAAUUUCUUACCGGAUUUGCGCUCGCCGAGUCCCAAGCGCAAACGGAUAUUGUCUCUUUUCGAGGGAGCUGCGCAGCAUCAUCGUCGUGUCCGGCAGCGUGAGAUGAUGCCUCACUUGUCCUUGAUAAAGGUUAAAGAGGAGGCGGAUGAACUCGGUAGUCCCGCAUUGGGAUAUUUGGAUCUGCGCAGAGCCCGCUCGCUUUCUAUAGGUGGGAGUCAGUUGACCAAACUUAGCGAGAGCGUGGCUGUAGGUGAUAGGAGACCCGGCUCGUCAAAGGGAAUGAUCAAUCGUCGAGACUCGAAACCGAAGUUAACCGCAUCUCAAUCAUUUACCAACAGUGAGUCUAUGCGUAGUCAAUCUGUCGUACCUUCACCAACUACCAACUUCGUGAAACCAGCACCACGAAACGAAGGCCCGUCGCUAUUAGAGCCACAUUCAUCAUUCCCACUAGACGGGGAAACUAUCAUGACACGAAAUAAAGAUCUCACCACCCGCACGAUUCUAACAUGCAUGCGUCUAUACGGCUAUAACCGCAAAACAAGCCGCUCCACCAAGCCCUCUACAACGCUUAGCGACACAUGCGAACCAAGCCAUGAACCAGACACUCACCAUCAGCAGCGCGAAAACAGCAUAAUACCGGAUUAUUCCUCCAUUCCGGCCGAAGAGGAAGAAUUUAAGGCCAUGUAUCAUGCUACAUACAGAGCGGCGACGUUCGCUCUUCGACAUUAUUUGAAGAUGGCGAGUGCAGAGACGAAACCGCCGGUUUUAGCAAAGGAUACAGCGACGAAUGUGAUUGAUGGGAUAUUGAAGUUGUUUUGUGAUGAUCAAUUGAAGCCGAGUGCGGUGGACAAGUCUUUAUGA